AUGCAGAACCCAAACAAGAACUCGAGAAAAAUGAACACCGCCGUCGUAAUAAUAUGUGCGACUCUUCUAAUGACGACGAUGAUGGUGAAUUUGACUGUCAUUGCCUUCAACGACGACGUUUUGGUCCCGUCAGAUCCGGCCAAACUGGACGCCUGGUUUCGAGAAAGCGUGAUGCCAUUUUCCGGCGGCUCUACUCGGUCAAAUAUAGACCAGGCGUUGAUCCAGGCAGAGUCCAACCGGAAAAUCAUCCGGGUCAGGAAAGACGGGUCGGGCGACUUCACCACAGUCUCCGCCGCUAUUAAUAGUAUCCCCGUCGGAAACACCCGCCGGAUUAUUGUUUGGAUCGGAGGUGGGAAGUACGAAGAGAAACUCAAGAUUGAAAGAGGGAAGCCUUUUGUGACGUUUUAUGGUUCACCUAAUAAUAUGCCGACGCUUGUUUAUGAUGGAACCGCAGCUAAAUAUGGGACGGUAGAUAGUGCGACGUUAAUUGUAGAGUCCGAUUAUUUCAUUGCUGCUAAUAUCCGUCUAUCGAAUUCGGCUCCGAGGCCUGACGGGAAAAGGGAGGGAGCACAAGCAGCGGCGCUGAGAAUCUCCGGCGACAAGGCAGCAUUCUACAACACUCAUAUAUCGGGGUUUCAAGAUACCGUCUGCGACGACACAGGACGACAUUUUUUCAAAGACUGUUACAUUGAAGGAACGGUGGAUUUUAUAUUUGGCAAUGCCAAAUCCAUUUAUCUGAAUACAGAACUGCACGUAAUUUCUGGGGAUCGGAUGGCUGUGAUAACAGCACAUGCAAGAAAAUCAGACAAGGAAGAAACAGGAUACGUGUUUUUACAUUGUAAAGUUACUGGUAACGGUAACAUUGCGUUGUUGGGUAGGGCUUGGUUCCCUUAUUCAAAAGUCAUCUAUGCUUACACUUACAUGACCGAUGCUGUUAACCCUAAAGGAUGGUCAAAUUUCCCGUCUCAAGAUGCCAAGACUGUUUACUAUGGGGAAUACAUGUGUAAGGGUCCGGGUUCAGACCAGAGGACUCGGGUCGGAUACAUGAAGCGGCUAGGGUUUUCGGAGGCGAGUCAGUUUUUGAAGCUAGGGUUUAUUGAGGGUUCUAAAUGGCUACUUCCUCCUCCGGUCCUCCAUUAG